CAACAGCAGCGCAGCGAUCAAAAGGCGAUUGAAGCUGCCGGCGAAAUGGGAAGAACACUGGAAAUAACCGGAAGACAGCAGGAGAAGAAUGUGGAGAAGGGUCAGGAGAAGGGCGCCGAUCCCGAAAAUGGGGAUCCGGUGCGCAGGCGUGGCCAUGAGACCAGUGAACUGGAGGCGGCCACCCAUCUUUUCAAGGGAAGUGUGGGUGCAGGACUCUUCGCCAUGGGAGAUUGCUUCAAAAAUGGAGGAUUAGCGGGGGCCACCAUCCUGUUACCCAUCAUUGCGGUGAUGUGCGUCCAUUGUGAACGAAUGCUGAUCCGCGGAUCCGUUUUGGCCGUGGAACGGACUCCGGGCGUCGAUUUCCUCGACUAUCCGGAAACGGUGGAGAAGUGCUUCGAACACGGACCACGCCCACUGCGCAAAAUGUCGCGAGUCAUGAAGCUCGUCGUCGAAAUGUUCCUGUGCGUCACGCAGUUUGGGUUCUGCGCCAUCUACUUUGUCUUCAUCACCGAGAACCUUCACCAGGUCCUCCAGCAGAAUGGCAUCGAUAUCAGCAUGAGCAUGGUGAUGCUGAUCACCCUGCUUCCGGCCAUGAUUCCCUCGCUGAUGACCAACCUCAAGUACAUCUCACCCGUAUCGCUGUUCGCCAAUGUGGCCCUACUUUUCGGACUGAUCGCCACCCUGACCAUAGCUUUUUCGGAUGGACCAAUGCCGUCGGUUGGGGACAGGCACCUCUUCACGGGGGGCGCCCAGUUAGCCCUGUUCUUUGGCACAGCCCUGUUUUCCUAUGAGGGCAUCGCCCUCAUCCUCCCACUCCGGAACUCAAUGCGCAAUCCCGACAACUUUAGCACCCGGUUCGGAGUCCUUAACUCCACCAUGUUCUUCACCACGGGUCUGUUUAUUUUCACCGGAUUUGUGAGCUAUGUGCGAUGGGGUGAGGAUGUCGCCGGCAGCAUAACGCUAAAUCUCGUCGUGGAGGAAGUAUUUUCCCAGGUGGUGAAAGUAGUCGCCGCCUUGGGCGUGUUCCUUGGCUAUCCUAUCCAGUUCUUUGUGAUGAUGAAGAUCCUCUGGCCGCCACUCAAGCGGUCCAACAACUGUGCCCAAAAGUAUCCCAUUACCAUGCAGGUGUGCCUGCGUUUUGUCAUGGUGAUGAUGACAUUUGGGGUUGCGCUGGUCGUUCCCAAACUAAAUCUGUUCAUCUCGCUGAUCGGGGCCCUGUGCUCCACCUGUCUGGCCUUCGUGAUCCCGGUGCUGAUCGACUUUGUGACGCGGGCGCCGGUGCCCAAGGGCCUGGGGGCGUGGUCCUACAUCAAGAACAUCCUCAUCCUGACGGUGGCCGUGCUGGGAAUUGUCACCGGUACCUACCAGAGCAUCGUAGAGAUCGUCAAGGAGUUUAAGUAGGCCUAAAUCGCUAGCAAGUAUGUUUUUUUGUACAUAAAUUAUGCUGUCAUUCCUGUAAAACUCUAUGUGAAUGCCUUGCCCUGCUCUAUUGUAAGCUUAAUUCGUAUACCGUGUACUUUUUUUUCCAUUUUUUUGUUGAUAGUCUUAAGAUCUGCAUUUGUAUGUAUGUAUAGAAACGUUUAUUGGCAUUCCAAACACCUAAAAAAAAAGGCAUAAAAGAAAAUGAUCUGCAGCUAAAACCGAUUUUAAUAAAUGAUUACCUAUAUGGCUUUGAUUAUUUUAAAACCUUA